CCGCCAAAGACGAGGCGCUCGCUCAAAAAGACGUGGCUCUAAGGAAUGAACGAGAGCUCCGGGAACAGCUUCAGAAGCAACUGAAAUCAUUAAUGUCUGGAGUCUCCAAAAAGGCCGGCGGCAGCAACACAAAGUCAGCAGGCUGUAAAGCGCAAGAGGAAAAGGACGCAUUGACGAUCUACAUAAGGAACGUGGGCGAGCACAUUACAUAUGAGAUGCUGUACAAAGCCUUUUCUGCCUUUGGUACCAUCCGCACCCUGAACGUCCUCCACCCCAAGGCGUGUGCGUUUGCAGAGUUCGCCACGCAUGAGGCCUAUCAAAAAGCACUCGCUGCUGGAUGUGUACCUGUGGGUGAUGGUCAGGAAACUGUCCUGCCGGAGAAACGCGUUCGUCGACCUCAGCAAACGUUUGCGGGCCGCCCCUCACGCGAUAACCUGAAAUCGGUCGGAAACCGACUUGUGCCGAUUGUGCCUUCACAUCAUCUGUACCUCAGCAGCGACAACAGCAGUACCACCAGCACUAACAGCUCUGAUUCGGCCCGCAAUGAUGGCAUGACAAAGGGCCAGAGCACCUACGAGAACCAGAUCAAGGUCAGCAGCAACUGGCUCAGAAGAGAGGACGAGGGUUGCGACCUGACUACCGCAUACUGAGCUCUAUUCUGGAGGGGCCAAGUCUAUCUUGAUGCACAUUCCCCAUGGCGUCCAGACAUUGUCGUGCGCGACCCAGACGCGUUUUCGUCUCUUUCCUUUGAAUACGCCGAUCAUACCUCGAAUCAAACGAACCAUCGCUGCCGAGAGGAGUACGCACACACUGACUACUUGAUGCCACGAAAGAGUAAUAAAAAAAAACCUGAUGGCGAUUAUUCGUUACAGUUGUCCGAUCAUGCUA